CAUGAAAAAGACGUGGCCGAUUGAGGGCUGUUUGGGUCCUCCCGUUUUGUUGGCAAAAGAAGCUUAGAAAAUGGACAAAAAAGCGGCGGUAGAUAAUGUAGAAAUGCGCCUACAGGCACUGGAGACUCGUAUAUACGGAGACAGAAGGAAUAAAAGUUCGAAACCAUUAAAGUGUGCUGAGUCCCUCGCAAGAAUUCAAGCUGGCCUGACCAACACGGCCAACAAGAGGGAGCGAGUCAAGAUCCUGCACAAGAAGAUUGAGGACCUGAUGAAGUACCUGGACCCUCAGUUCACCGACCACAUCGCUGUGCCUGACACCAUGAAGCUGGAGUUUAUUCUCGCCGAGGAGGACUUCCUGAUUUCCCAGGCUGCUUUGCUGGAGCAGGCCAGCAAUUUGCAGCCGCUGCUGGAGAGCACCUACAUCCGAGAUGUUCCCGAGCACUCGACCAAGCUCCAGCGUCUCUCCCAGAUUCAUAUCAAACAGCAGGUAGAAGAAAGAUGCACACCAUGUUCUGUCGUUUGGGUUUUGCCUUCGGAGAGCUCACUGUCGGCUCUAUUACAGGACCAGGCGGAUGUUCAGUCGCUGGAAGUAAAGAAGCUUUUUGAGGAAUACAACAAAAUGAUGUUCCUGCUGUCCAAGCAGUUCACCCAGUGGGACGAGAACCUGAGGAAGCUGGAGGAGGCCAAGGGCAUCCGGCCCGUGGAGUAACUCCCAUUUGUGAUGAAUUGGGUAGCUUUAUGACGUGGAAAAAAUACAAAGCAAUUUUGGAAGUGUUGAGUUGCUAGCCUGAAGAAAACAAAAUGAAACAACAGAAGGCAUAUGACUCUUCAUCAGCUGUCUGGAAGAUUUUACUCCCCACACAUGACAGCUCCGAGUCACCCUGCUCUUAUUUAUUUGUACACAUGCUACUCUUACUGUAUUUUGUUAGAUUUACUCGCAUUCCAGCUCAUCUCCUGCAAGUUGAGUCAUAAGACUGAGCACCUGACCUGCAUAAUUCUUUUCCUGUCCGUUUGUCUCCUGACAUGGACAAUGCCUCUGUUUGUUUCAAGAUGUCACAACGUGACUGCGGUUAAUCAAAUAAAAAAGGUUUUAUUGGA